AUGAAGAUGGCAGGCAAGAGCCCGAGCUCAAGAGAGAUGCAGCAGCACGACACUGCGGUGACGCUCCUCGAGUUUUUCCACACAGGCGAGUUCGACGGCCGCAUGCGGCUGAGCACGGAGAAGGCCGAGCGCUGCUCGGCGACGUUGGAGCAGUUCCGGCAGCUGGACAAGGAGGAUAUGCUGAAGACACUCGGUUACUGGGCCAGGGCGGGCAUUUUGAAGGUGUGA